GAGAUGAAUAAGCAAUUUGGAUUUCCUGGUUCGGUCGCCGCCUAUCGUUUUGGAAUUUGGUAAAACUGUCAAAACGAUUUCACGACUGUUGCUGUAAUUUGCAGAGGUACCAUGGAAUUUAGGCGAUUCAGCUUCUUAGGUGCGGACCAAACUGAAACCUUGUCCCGAGCAAUGCGGCGCUCUGCAGAGGACUCGGCUGCAGCCGCGGAAGACGAACCGGAGGAUAACGUACUGUUUGGAACCAUUAGAGGAAGGGUUGUCGGAUUACGUCACUAUGCUGGGGGUGUUAACCAAGGAGAGAUGGUGUCGCUGGUCAGGGAACCUCACAACCCCUAUGAUAAAAACGCAGUUAUGGUUGCCAAUGUGCACGGGAGCCAGAUCGGGCACAUCAGACGCCAGCUGGCUGCGCCAAUGGCCUAUAUCAUGGACAACAAUUUCGCCAAAGUUGAAGGGGUUGUUCCUAUCAGUGUGAACCGUACUUCCAGCAUGCCUGUCUGUCUUUCCUUCUGGGGGAAGGAGGAGAAUAAAACAGCAGUAUCUAAUGAACUGAAAAAGCAUGGAUUCCAACUCACACUUGAAUCAAAAUGUGGAUCGCAAGGUGUGACACCAAAUAGGACUUCACACCAAUGGCUUGCACCUGGUGUUUUUCCAAUCUCCACUGUUGAGGAAGUAGUGGCAAAGUAUGGUGAACAGGGAUGUACCUCGGUACUCCACAACCUGAGGGUGACACAGCAGCAGCAGGAGGCUGUCCAGUCAGCCACAGUUGGACAACAAAACAACCCUGCAUGGUAUGCACUCCGCCGAGGCAGACUGACGGCCAGCAAUUUUGGGGCAGUGUUGUUAGCCGAACAUGUUACACCAUCUCUCAUAAAGCGAGUGUUGGAGCCAUGUGACCUGGAUGGUGUGGAGUCUGUAGAUUGGGGGAAUGAAAAUGAGCAAGAGGGGGUGAAGGCCUUUGAGACAGCAAAAGGCCUGAAGGUACAGGAGUCAGGGUUCUGGAUCACAGAGUCUGGUGUCCUCGGUGCAUCCCCAGAUGGCCUUGUGGGUACACAUGCCCUGUUGGAAGUUAAAUGUCCAUUCAGGGAAAGGGAACUCACAAUUGAAGAGGCAUCACUGAAUAAGGACUUCUGCCUGAGGAAAGAUGGCAAAACAUACCAGCUAAGACAAGAUCAUAGAUACUGGCACCAGGUCCAGGGCCAGCUGCAUAUCGCAAAACGUGACAUCUGCUACUUUGUCGUUUGGACAAAAAAGCAGAGCAUCAUUAUUCCCAUCAAUAAAGAUGCAGCUUGGGCCAAGUAUCUCAACAGCCUGGAGGAUAUAUACAAAGUCCAGUUGCUCCCAAAAUUGCUGGAGCAGGUAUAAAAUGUUCGCACAUUGCACACAAGUUGCCUUCUUGUUUUGUGUUUUUUUUUUAAUGUUAAUGCAUGGAGAUGGGCUACUUUCUAGAUACUGACCUGUCCAAUGGGACAACUUAUUGAAAGAUUAUUAUUUUCUGUUGUGUUUUUCAAAAAAAAAGUUUAAUGAAGUCAUUGUUUUGCUCCCGCUACCAAAUUACAACCUCUUAUGCAUCUUGUGUGCUUUCUAGAAAGAUGCAAUGUAGCCUAUCACAGGGAAUAUUCUGCCGGUUAUUUAAUCACCCCCAAAAUUAAAUUUCAAUAGAAAAAAAAAUUUAGAGGUAUCUUUUGAAUUUGUUCAUGCUGAUCUGAAAGACGUAAAAGACAAAAUGGUGGAAACCGUCACCAGAAUGAACAAAACAGACCAAAACAUUUUUGAACUGAAAAACACGAUGACGGAGUUGUCAAGAUAUAAAAGAUCUGGGAUCUGCACCUGCUAGGGCUGGAUGAGGAAAACAUUCAAGAGAGAGUUAUCAAGAUUGGCCAGGAAACGGCACCAGAUUGUACGGGUAAACUACCCGAGGUAUUCGACAGUGUCUACUGGUUGGGACAUCCACUUCAAGAAGGCCGUCCAAGGGCUGUUAUAGUCCAGUUUUCCAUGCAACGUUACUGUGACAGCACAUGGAAAGCGGCAAAGAAUUAUUAUUACUUAUCUGCGGGAGAAGAAGCAACGUUUUAAGGAAGAUUUUUCUCUGGAGGACAGGGCGAGGCGUAAUUUGCUCUGGCCACUGGUAGAAAGAGCAAGAAAGGAUGGCAGAAUUGCCUACUUCAUUGGAGCAAGGGCGUGCAUUACUGAGUGCCGGAAAAAGAAAGGACCUCCACCCACCAAAAUCAUAAUCAGACAGCUAUUUAAAAGCACUGCAACCACUUUCCUGCAGACUGUGCGAUUAUGUUAAGGCGUUAACUUGAUUGAAUGUCCACUGCAGAGUGAUUUUGCAUCUUACUUGAUAUGUGAAUUGUGGUGUGUGCUGUACUGCAAGCACAAGGAAUGCAUGGACAGAACAUACUUAGUAGGUGAGCGGACUGUGCACCGCACAACAUGCAUAUUUUUUUAGUUCUACUUCUAAGAGAUUUUUUUCCCAUACAGGAUUGAUUGAGUGCAAAUAUAGAUACAGUCAAAUUUCCAAAUGGUUUAAAAUGACAGCAUUGUAUUGUAUUGAUAAAGACCAUUUCCAAUGUUCAACCAAGCAGCCAACUAAUAUUGAGCUGAUAUAAGAAAAAAAAGAGUUUAUAUAUUUGUUAUGUGUUGUACGAUAAGUUUGAUUUGUUUGUUCUAAAAUUACACUGAGAAACUAUGUUUAUAUAAACAAAAAUAUAUAUAAGCUUUUAAAUUCAAAUAUCAGGAGUGCAGGCCUUUGGUACUGUUGCACUUCUAUUUCUCAGAAUGCGAACUCCGUAGAUUGUAUGUUAAAAUAUAUUUAUUUUAAUGCUCAGGGAUUAAGAGACAACUAUUUUUUUAUACGUUAAAGAUUUUGUUUUAUACAAGAGUCUCACUCAGGUCUAAAUGAUUCAAAUUCUUGGAAAACUCAAUGGGGUGAAUAGGUCUGGCUUUCACGUGGCUAUAGUCACUCAGCUGGAGUGUUAACUUUAAAACAUAAAUUCUGUGGUGACACUUUAUUUGUAUCACCAGAUGAGAAUGGUCAUUUUAUUUUUUUGGUAAUAUUUAAAAAUGAUUAAUUGGUUCGUAUCUUCUAGGAAAUGUGUAUGGAUAUAACAGUAAAAAAGAAAAUAUGAACUUUAUAGAGAUUCUAAACAACAAAAUUGAAUACAUAAUUGGAAAAUUCACAAAUAUGAAGAUGUUAUUAUGAUUCUAUUGAUAUAUGGCCUAGUCAACACUAUGUCUAACUAUAUCUAACUAAGAUGCAAUUAUAAUAUUUCCAAAACCCCUAUAAAACUCUCUCUUCCAUAUUGAUAAACAAAUCUCACCUCAUGAUUACUUCGUUUGGAAUAACCAAGGUAUUAAAUUUAAAAACAAGUCACUUUUAAAUAAGAAAUAGUUUGAAAGAGGUAUAUUAUUAGUUAGUCAACUUCUUGAUUCUAAUACAGCGAUUUACUUAUUGUACACAACUUCCCAGUCCCUCCAAAGGAAUAUGCUAAUAUAUUUGAUAUGAGACAUGGCCUUAUGAGAAUCUAAACUGGAAAUGGACUUGGAUUUUAGCUAAAUAUUAGCUAAAUAAAUAAUAUUUGUUAACUAGCAAGGUAGUAGAAAUACUGUUUAAAAUUCUACAUAGAUGUCAGAAUCGACCGACCAAAGAAUGUACUUUAAAAUCGAACAUGUCAUGUGAUAUAGCCUAAGCCUACCCUGUGUGGCUUGCUGUGGUUUGCUAAAAAUCUGAAUGAACCCGAAACUGAUAUUGUGGUGAUUUGUGGGUUUCCCGGGUCAAAAAGAGUCCCUGAGCUGAUGGUAAGAAUGAAUUUCCAUGGUGGAGUUUUAUUUCAGCAUACUAGUAGGCAUUGGGGAGCUGCACAAAAUUGAUCUCACUGGCCUACACUCACUCGCUAUCACAGCUCCAGUGAGGAUGACAGACAUAUUGUAGCAGAGAAGGAAAUGGGUGCUCCAUUUUUUAUUUUAUUUUGCAGGCUAUUCUCUUAUACAGGCUAUCCGCAAACAUGGGUGCCAGCUCCCCCUCUUCCAAAGACCCCACAAACAUGACUAGGAAAUAACCAAUUGUUAACAGUUAAAUGGAAACAAACGGGAAAUUAACAGGUAAACAAGAACAGCAUCUGCCCAGCCUGCCCUUUAAACGUCUGUGCGUUCCAUAAGUCACAUUUUAUAUUUUUUCCAUUUUUUUUUAAUACGGUUUGUUUUAAUUUGUGUGAGCUAAGACAUUGUUUCAUGUAACUUAAAAAUUUUUUUUUAAAAAUAUUUUGAUUCCAAUUCUUUUAAUGGCAGGCCUGGAUUUGAAGUUAUGAUUUAUAGACUUUGCUUUCCAUGUAUAAGUAGCUUGGCAUUGUUUUACUUUGAAAAUGUGUUCAUCAUCAGAUAUAAUUUCUUUUUGUACUGUGAAUGACAAAGAAAUUAAAGUGUAUGUCAUAUUUUUAAA